GAUAUCUGGCGAGCCAUGUCGCUGGUCGCCACCACGAGCGUCGUCAGAGCCCGCGCCUCCCAGUGUUCCUCCUCCGCCUCGUGCUCAGCCCGCCUGCUCCCGGCCCUCGCCCACCGCGCCCGCGCGUACAGGCCUCUCAUGACGCCGGCGGCGGCGGGUUCCGGCAGGGCGCGUCUCCAGGUGCGCGCAGCCAGGUUGGAGUCCACCGGCGUGUCCGUGGGCUUCCGCGCCCCACAGUUCGAGCUUCCUGAGCCCAUGACCGGAAAGAUCUGGACACUGGAUGACUUCGAGGGUAGCCCUGCUUUGCUGGUUAUGUUCAUAUGCAAUCACUGUCCAUUUGUAAAACAUCUGAAAAAAGAUAUUGCAAAGCUCACCUCUUUCUACAUGGAGAAAGGACUUGCUUGUAUCGCCAUAUCCUCAAAUUCAGUUGUGACGCAUCCCCAGGAUGGUCCUGAACAUAUGAUUGUGGAUGCAGAAAAAUUCAAAUACUCAUUUCCUUAUCUGUACGACGAGUCGCAAGAAGCUGCCAAGGCAUUUCAAGCAGUCUGCACACCAGAGUUUUACUUGUUCACAAAGGAUGGACGGAGGCCAUUUGAACUAUUCUACCAUGGUCAGUUUGAUGAUUCACGGCCCGGUAGCAAUGUACCAGUCACCGGAAGGGAUUUAAGCCGUGCGAUCGACUGUGCACUUAGUGGACAAGAAUUGCCUUUUGCGCAGAAACCAAGUGUUGGGUGCAGCAUCAAAUGGAACUAGUGACCGGUAUUAACUAUAGAGCUGGGCAAGGAACGUACGCGUUCUCUUCAUAGAGUAGAAGCUAAGGUGAAAAUAUCGUCGAGGUGAAUUAAUCAUGCAGCUCAAUUGUUCAAAGUUUGAAACCUCUGACAGAUAGAAAAUGGAGAAGAAUCAUCAUUUGUGAAUGUGAUGCUAUGAUGUUUCGGUCUUGUGUAUUUGCCAUGUUGUGACAAAGGAGGCAUUAAUUAUUUAUUUAUGCGGUGAUGACA